UGCCUGAUGACUUUGCGUCUAUUACCAUACUUCGCAAACGAUGUUUAUAGUUUGAACACACUUUCACAAAAAAACGAUUUCCUAUCAUUUAUAGGUCUACCCCAAACGUGUGUAAACUAUGUUUGUUUUUUGCAAUAUAACUUAACUCAACUGAUUUCAAAUGGCAUCUUAAUACAUUCAGCUUCAUUGUUUCCUCAUGUACAGUUGUGUGAGAUGGCACAUUCAGUGGGGUGCGUUUGAGCAAAUGUGUCCUAUUAUAUUUAACGCACGAAAUAGUGUGCUUCAGCCUACACCCUCCAUAGAAACCGAAUUACAAUUGGUAUGGCUGACUGAUGUUCAAUUUUCCUGUCACAAAGGAUUUACAUUAAAUAAUAGGCAGCUAUUAAUAUAAUUUGUAACAAGGUGAUAAAUUGUGCAUUCACGGUUUCGUUAUGAGCAGAUGAUCAAAUGUGUCUCAUGCCUCAGUGGCUUUUGAAUAUUCAGAAAUGUCAGCUAAUGGUGGUUUUACACAAGACAAAAAAUUUGUGAAAAAAGCUUAGGUAAUUUGGGAGGAUCUAGCAUACCAUAUAAAUGAUGAAACCUGCAGCCACAUACUUUGGUGAACUAGAAUAUUGCUUUAUAUUCCUUCUUUCCAUCUCUGAAACAUAUUUGAGAAGAAGAUGCAUAUUUUUUCCGCCACGGCUAUAGUCAAAUUUUACCAAACAUAGUAUUGAGAGUAUGUUUAUUAAUAAUAUGUAUGACUGUCAUUUUUUUAUUUAAUCACAAUCAAAGGUGACCUAUAUCAGUAUAGGUAGGUCACAAUUCCCCCGAAUGUUUUAUUAAAGUCAGUGAGCUAUGGGGGAAAUAAAACUAGAAAAAAAGGCUUCAUUGUAGCGCAUCCAUGGUUUCUGAGUUCAUGGUUAUUUAUUUAUUUCUUCAGAUACACUGUCAGCGUUUCCAUCCAAAAUAAAAGAGUAAUUGGUCUACGGGGAGCAUGUUGUGUCUCCGAGCAUACACGACCAGCAACAUAUUGUUAGCUUAGUCAUUGAUAACCAUGACGUGUGAGUGAUUCUUUGAGUUCAUGCCUUGCCUUUUGGCCUUUGGGACACUAUGCUCUGUCAGAGGGCCUUGUGUUUUUUCCGUAUGCACCGUGGUGGUGUACAACAGAGAUCUGAGAUUCCCUCCUUAUGGGAGACCCCGGCCCACCCGCCUGAGAUAUCCCCCCAACCGUCCCUCAGUACAAACCGCCAUUCACCAUUUCAUAAGCCGUCGUCAUCGUUGCGUAUUGACAGUGUUACACGGGACCCCUAAACCUUCCCAUACCAUCUCACAGAAUUUCACAGGCCGUGUCCAACUAUUUCCAAUGUUUAGUUUGUGGGCCUUUAGGAGUGGGGCUACGUUGCCCGGACUAUGUCCCCGGGUUAAAGGUCGCAGCAGCAGGAUGUGAGAACUGGACGUCCAGACGUGUAGAAGAGUUGAACACGGUACAGCAGUCUGCCGCCAUGUUACAGCCAUGCUACAGCCAUGUUACAGCCAUGUUACAAGCAUCACGAUACUUUCCCUUCCUACAGAAGGCUGGUUUUAAUGGGAAAUCUAAAAGCCUCCCCUACUGUGUGGUUGCCAUGGCGUUGACUUAUGGUCGUUAGUCUGACUAUUUGAUACUUUAACAAGUAAGCCAUUGAUAUCCUCAAUACUCGUGUGUCCCCUUAUGCGGUUGUUGAAGUCAUGGUCCAUUUACAUAUUGCGUUACAUAUUUGGCAUGUUUUGUUGCAGGGGCUACAGUCUUGUAUUGAAAUCCGAGUGGCAGGCAUUGUGGCUCAAUGUUGAUGCCGGAAUUUCAACAGUGUUCUUUUAUGGGCCCCUUCUAUUAUAAAAAAAGAACCCAGCUGUGGUAGAAACACCAACUUCAAGCAGUAUUUUUUUUGGUUUCCAUAUUAGUUGAAGGUUUUUUUUUAUUUGACUUGAGUAUCAGCUGCCAUGCUCUAGGGUGAAUAUCUCCUCCCACUAUGGACAUACAGGAGCAGCUGGGAAAAGCCUGUUUGUAUGUGCCCACUGGUGGGGUGAAGGGACACAACACAGUUUGAGGAGGCUCAGACGUAACAGGACUGUGUAUGGUCUGUUGUCUAUAUUGAAGAGCCAAAAUGAUAGUGUAUAGACAGAAUGUUCCUUGCCAAUUCUGCCAGCCAGCUGAGGAUCUUUCGACCAAUUUUGGCAAUGAGCUGCAAAGGUUUAAAGGUCAACGUUGCUCUUUUGUGGUGCAUCUGGUCAUGCUUGGUGGGUGGCCAUGCUUCUGUAGUUCCCUGGUGUGUUUAAAGAUAACAUGGUCCUCCACACAAGCUGACUCAAUACGUUUCCAAAGAAGCUCUCUUUCAAGACCCUUUUAUUUAGAUACAUAUAAUCAAAAUCAGUUUCAAAAGUCUUAAUCUCUAUAUCCAACUCAAGAAAGGGGAAGUACCAAAAUAGUUUUUACAGCUGUAUUUUGAUGUGCAUGACUAAGCAUCAUCAGCAAGGGCUCAAGCAACUACAACCUUAAGGAAGAAGCAUCAGCCACAAUGGGGAAUGUAAAUAACCGGAGGGCUCUUUAAGAAGUCCACUGAACGCUCUCGAGAUUGGCAGAACCUAUUAAGAAGCAGUCUGUAACAGUAUAUCCAACCACAUCUACAUCCAAGGAUGAGGAUCAAAUACACAAUAUCCAUUGUCUUUUUCUUGGCACUUGUUAUUAUCGAGAAGGAAAACAACAUAAUUUCAAGGGUGUCCGAUAAGCUCACCUUAAGGCAGACGCCUCGCACCCCUCUGGAGCCCGUGCUGUCCUCCCGUGAACUCCUGAGACACAACGGCUCAGCGAGCUUGAGCCACGCGUCCCCCCGCGAGCCCAACCCGGCCUUCACCCUGUUGAAGCGGCACUUGGAGAACCGCACCCAGCACCAGCCGGAGGGCUCGGGCGGCCGGAAGCACAUCCUCCUGCUGUCCACCACCCGCUCGGGCUCCUCGUUCAUGGGCGAGUUCUUCAACCAGCAGAGCGACAACAUGUUCUACCUGUAUGAGCCGCUGUGGCACGUGGAGAAGAGGCUGACCCUGGCGACCGGCGGCGUCAACAGCACGGCGGCCAACUGGGCCUACCCGGAGGUCCUCCGGCGGCUCUUCCUCUGUGACUUCUCCCUGCUGGAGAGGUUCAUCGAGCCGGCACCGGUGGCCCACGUCACCGCCGACCUCUUCCGCAGGAGCUCCAGCAGCUCCCUGUGUGAGGACUCUGUGUGCAGUCCGUCAGUCAAAGGCGUGUUCGAGCACCACUCCUGCAAGAACCGACGCUGCGGCCCUCUCAACCUCACCCUGGCCUCGGAGUCCUGCCUGCAGAAGGCGCACAGGGCCAUCAAGCUGGUCAGGGUGCGGCAACUGCAAACCCUGCGCCUGCUGGCCGAGGAACCGGGCCUGGACGUCAGGUUCAUCCAGCUGGUGCGGGACCCCAGGGCCGUGCUGGCGUCUCGCAUCGUGGCCUUCGCCGACCGAUACAAGAACUGGAAGCAGUGGGCCGAGGAUGGGGACGUGCCCAUCGACGACGUGGAGGUUAGUAAGCUCAAAGGGAACUGCAACAACCUGAGGAUGUCGGCCGAACUGGGCCUGAGGCAGCCACCGUGGCUGCGUCGGCGCUACAUGUUGGUGCGCUAUGAGGACAUCGCCCGGUUCCCCCUGCAGAAGGCUGUGGAGAUGUACAAUUUUGCUGGAAUUCCGUUUACUCCAAAGGUGAAGGCCUGGAUUCUCAGCAACACACAGGCCUCCAAGGAGACCGGUGGCAUUUAUUCAACGCAGAAGAAAUCCUCGGAACAAGUAGAAAAAUGGCGGGCGAAUAUACCUUUCAAGAUAGCUCAGGUCGUUCAGAAGGUUUGUGGGUCGACGUUGAAACUGUUUGGCUACAAGUUUGUAAGCAGUGAAGAAAUGUUAACAGACAAAUCAAUAAGUUUGAUUGAAAAUAAGUUUUUUAACUAGGUAGGACUUGCAAACCUUGGAACCCUCAAGAGAAAGUGUUUGGGCUUGAAAGAUAGAUAAUUAUUUAUGAGGGGCUGCUAGCCUCAAAAAGAUCUUGUCUGAUAAUACGCUCUUUAAAGUGCUUUACUAUUUAAAUGAAAGAAUGUUAAUAGACCAUUGUCUUUAACAGUCAUAUUGCGUAUUGUUUGUUCUUGUGGGGUCUUUGUGGUGGGACAACACUGUUCCUUUCUGUUGGUAGGAAAGGAAACUAUUGCGGUAAUCUGUUAGUGUCUGUGCAUGUGAAAACAUAGCUUUUAAGAAAGCUGAAAGAGAUAUUACUGUACCUAUGUACUGUAGAUGUAGGGGGGGGGGGUCACUUGAAGAAACGCUUAUGAUCAAAUAAUGUGCAGUCAACAGAAGUUGCUUUUUAUACCAAUGAGAUCUGUAGUGAAAUGUACUACAUUGCCCAGCUCCAACAAUGAGUGGCCUUGUAAACUUUAUUGAAGCAGGAAAAGCCCAUUGCCUAGCCAUGUUAACCUAAAACUAAUAAUAAGUGGUUUUGUUUUAUGCUUAUUUAUUUUUCCUGCUGUUUAACCAUCCUUAUGGACUCCAGGUUUGUGGGCACAAUGUAAAUCACUCCUUCCUUCUGCACGCUUUAGGCACUUUCUGUUUCACGUUCUAAUGUCGAUCUGCAGGUAGCUGUACAAGAAGAGAAAAGCAGGCUGUUGGGAUCCAUUCUGUAGGAGCAGCUGUUUAGGUUGCUCAAAUGUAUGCUGACGUUUGAAUCUGCAGCUGGCUUGCAGGGUUCUGUGAGGAUUGUGUGGAAGGUGUGUGUCACUGUUGACAUAAGCCUCAUGGCUAGUGUCUUUCAAACAGGGGGUUGAUCUCCAGGUCUGUCAGGCUGUAAGUCAACAUACACUCCUUCAUGUGCAUUUUGUCACAAUAAAUGUCAACUUCCAGUU